AUGGAGAUGGAGAAUGGUGACAACAAAUCUAAAAUGGAAGAUUAUGAAGUAAUUGAGCAUAUUGGGAGAGGUGCUUUUGGAGCAGCAUGUCUUGUUCUUCACAAUAUUGAGAAAAAAACUAAGGCAGUAUUUGGGGCAAUGGCGUACAUCUCGUCGUCGGCCUACGACCUUGAGUACAGAUGUGACGGCGACGACGCAUGGUACACCGUCAAGGUGAUGACGUCGGAAGGCGGCGAGAAGCUGACUGUAAAGUAUUUGAACUUUCUCGAUUCUUCCGAUAUCACUUUCCGAGCUGAUCAGUUCGAGACGGCGGAAGAAAUCGACGAGCUGAUUAACCGAUUCCGGCGAGUUUCCCGGCAAAUUCAGGACGGAGAGUGCGAUAAAAUCACCGAGGGUAUGAUCGUCUCCGCGUCCUACUCCUUUAGACCAGAUGAUCGGCGCUUCUAUGAUGCCGUAGUCGAAGCGGCGAGUAAUGAUUGCCACUCUUUUCUGCUUUCUGGUGCACCAUGA